UAUCUUCCGCGUAAAAGAGUUACACUAUUUUUUUUUCCGGAAUUCGCAAUGCUUGUAUACAUGGGUUCUUAUUUUCUAAAACCGGAAAUUGUAGUCAAUGUAAACAUGUACAGAACGAAGACCGGGAAAUUCACUAGCAAAUCCCACUAUCAUCGUUUAAGAAAGGCGUAUGAAAGAAAAAAGAAACAGCAAGGUAUUACCGUAAUCAAUGUUGACGAAAAUAAUAACAUUUGUACAGACAGUGUUCGUGUUGAUCGUGAAACUGAAACAGAAAGGGUUCCCUCUGAAUCUGACAUAGUCGGUGUUCAUCAUGAUACUGAUUAUGAAUGUUAUGAUAUUAGCGAUUCUGAAGAAGAUGUUUCUGAUAGUGACUCGUCAUGGGACUGUGGGAGACGUAUUGUGGAACUGGGGGUCAUUGUUGAGAACUUGCUGAAGGGUUGUGUUAUGUGUGGCUUUCCAUUGCACCUAGUUGACUGUGUGAAUGAAAAGCGUUAUGGCCUUGGCUCUUUGUUAUAUAUCAGAUGUCGUCAAAGUGCGUGUAGAUACUUGUCACCAGUUCCAACAGGAAAGAGGCAGACGUUAACAACUGGAAGCAAAUCCAAUAAUCCAGCCUGGGAUGUAAAUACCAAACUAGCCUUAGCUAUGAUUCAUGCUGGUCUGGGAGAAGCUAAAGUAAAUGACUUCUUGUCUACACUGAAUAUUCCCCCUGUUUCACCCACAACUCUGAAGAAAAAGGAAAGAAUUGCUGGGAAGCAUGUUGAGGGUGUUGCCCAAGAAACGUGCAAAUCUUUUGCAGAAGAAGAGACUGUUUUGAGCAGGAAUGGGAACAAAAUAGUUGUGUCUACAGAUGCGGGAUGGCAUACUAGAUCCUCGGGCAGAUCUUAUUGUAGUCUAUCAGGACAUGCUGCAAUGAUAGGCAAAGAAACAGGAAAGUGUGUGUCCUAUGCUACGAGGAAUAAAUUCUGUAGAUUCUGCAACAGGGCUGAAAGACUUGGUAUUGAAGCCAGUGACCAUGAUUGUAGGAAAAAUUGGACUGGAAGCUCCAAAGCCAUGGAACCUGACAUGUGUGUAUCUAUGCUGAAAGACUUAGAAAGCCAAGACAUUAUUGUAGAUACUGUUAUCAUGGACGAUGACACAACAACAAUUGCAAGACUUAGAAGUGAAGUAAAUGCUGGUCUCAAGAAGAUAAGCGAUUCAAAUCAUACUGUUCGUCAUUUUACCAACAGACUUUAUUCAUUACGUCAGCAGAAGAAAUAUAAACAGCUGAACCCAAGAAGUAUUUCACACCUGGGAAAGUGCUUUACAUAUGCAGUAUCUCAAAAUUGUGGUGACUCAGAGGGCACAAAGAAAUCCAUAAUGGCAAUUAAAACGCACGUUUUUGGGACUCAUGAGUUAUGCGACAGGGCAUGGUGCAAAUUUCUUCAAAAUCCUGCAACUUACAAACCCAAAAAUCUACCCUACAAGCGAUACUUCAGUGGUGAUGACUUUAGAGAAGACUUCAGUAAAAUCAUCAAAGAAUUUGCAUCUGAAAGUGAAAAACUGUGCAGUUUAGGUUCAACUCAAGCUAAUGAAAGCCUCAACAAUACAGUUGCUAGUAAGGCUCCAAAAUGCACAUUUUCAGCUGGAUCAGAAAGCAAUGAUUUCAGAGUAGCAGCUGCUGUUUGUCAGAAAAAUAUAGGAUGUGGAUAUGUGAAUGAGGUGAAUGGAAAAAUGUUACUAUCACCAGGAAAAUUUACUGACCAACGAAUAGGCAACGUUGAUGAGAUGCGUAGGAAAAGGAAAGAACUAGCUGAAAAACCAUCAUACAAAAGACAGCGUCUGAUGAAAAAAGAGAAAAACUUUUCUUCCGAGUCAUGCCGUGUAACUAGAGAAGGGACGUGUUAUGAAUCAAAUGUCAACUUCCAUCAGGAUGACUCUGAUUGUAACAUCCUAGAGAUUCCUGCACCCCAAACCGCACCAAAAUCUUCACCUCUGUCAGAUGGGAAAUCCUACACCUACGUAUACUUUGAUCUGGAAACCACAGGAUUGGAGAGGCAUUCUGAUAUCACACAGAUUGGUGCAACAUGUGGAAAGGAAACAUUUGAUAUAUAUAUGAUUCCAGAAAAGAAGAUAUCUACUUCUGCCACUUGUGUCACAGGUCUAGCCAUGAUGAACCAUCAAAUAAUCAAAAAUGGUAUUCCCGUGGUUGCCGUGUCACCCAAAGAUGGACUGACAAAGUUUUCCUCAUGGCUUCAUCAAUUUCCCAAUCCUUUAUUGGUGGCUCACAACUGUAGAUCUUUUGACUCUCUUGUAUUGUCAUUCAAUUUACAGAAACAUGGUGUAUCAAGUGAUAUAGAGGGUUUUUGUGAUACUCUACCCUUUUUCAGAAAGAAUUUCCCCGGACGUACCAGUUACAAACAAAAAGACUUGGUUUUUGAUCUGCUCCAAGAAUCAUAUGAUGCCCAUGAUGCACAUGCUGAUGCUGUCAUCCUACAGAAAUUAUGUCAAUCUGUUGUGAGGAUGGAGAACCCUACAUCAACUUUACUCGAGAACAGUUUCAGUACCAAAUUUCUGUUCGACUUUCUUCAUUAUGAGAAAGAAAAGAAAAUCAACAGUGAGUCCUUGCAGCCCUUAGUUGACGCAAAAGUCAUUUCUCCUCACAUGCGUGCCAAAAUAGCAAGUUCUGGACUAGGACUUAGGCAUAUUGAACUGGCCCACACAAGAGAUACAAAUUUAGGUGUUAAACAUUUAUUUCUAGAAUGUGCAAGUGAUGGCAAACCAAGAGUGACAAAGAACAGUAAAAUUGUGUGUCAGGUAGUUCAAUACCUUGAGCAGCAGACUUCAGAGGAGACAACUCCUACCUGACAUGAUUGAAUAAAUUUCUUUUUACUAUAUAAAUUAUUUUUUCUUGCUUUAUUUAGUGUGGAAAGGGUACCCAAUUCCUAGUUUAUUCAAAAGUAGUACUACUGUUUACACUCCAUAAAAAAUAUAAACAUAUUUUAGGAUUAUCU